AUGCCGUCUAACUCCACCCCCAUGCAAGAUUCCAUCCCUUUUGAUCGGAGGCUAGCCGAGGCCCGACGCAUACUACAGAAGUAUCCCGACAGAGUACCUGUGAUAGUGGAGAAGGCUGAGCGUUCAGACCUUCCUGAGAUCGAGAAAAAGAAAUUCCUUGUCCCGGGAACUAUGCUGUGUGGGGAGUUCAAGUAUAUAGUACACAAGCACAUCACACAAGCUGUUGAGAAUGGCAAUGGUAGCAACCCUGAGGAUUGGACCAGAAAGGCUACUGCUAACUUUCUUCGCUCUCAGAAAAUCGAUCCGUAUAUACUAGAACAAGCAGAUCUGGAGAACUGGAGACGAUGGUUUAUGACAGAGGUUCAAUAUUUCGCGGGUGAUAGAGAGAAAGUCUCUUUGAAGGAACGUAUAGAAAAAGCACGGGAGUUAGCUGCGACCAAGCAUCAGGCCAAGUUGGACAAGCUCAGGAGACACUAUCCACUUGGGGAAUGA